AAGGGGAAGUGGCUGCAGCCCAGGGCGCGGCUUGUUUAGAUAAUCAUUUUCUCUGUACUGGGAGAGGAAGGAGCUGCUGCUGCUGUUGCCCUGACAUCGUCCUGUUCAGCCACAGUGCAUUGAUUUCAGGAUCUGUGCCCGCAAGACACGUUUUAGACUGUUAUGGCGUCAGUGUGGGUAGGCAGCAGAGGAGCUGUGAAAGAUUUCCUAGGAUUCAGUGCUGGCAGAGAUGCUGAUGCUAUUCGAAAGGCAAUCAAAGGAUUGGGAACUGAUGAAGAUUCACUAAUCAACAUUCUGACACAAAGGUCCAAUGCACAGAGACAGCUAAUUGUAAAGGAAUAUCAGGCAGCCUGUGGGAAGGAGCUAAAAGAUGAUUUGAAAGGUGAUCUUUCUGGCAACUUUGAACACAUUAUGGUCUCCCUUAUAUUGCCACCAGCUUAUUUUGAUGCAAAGCAGCUGAAAAAGGCAAUGAAAGGCACGGGUACAGCAGAAAGCAUCUUAAUUGAAAUUCUAGCAUCAAGAACCAGCAAACAAAUGAAAGAAGUAGGAGAUGCCUACUAUACAGUGUAUGGGAAAAGCCUUGGAGAUGAAAUCAGUUCCGAAACAUCUGGCGACUUCAGGAAAGCCCUUCUGUUCUUAGCCAAUGCCAGACGUGAUGAAAGUAUGAAGGUGGAUGAACAACUUGCUAAAAAGGAUGCAGAGAUUCUGUACAAUGCCGGUGAAAAAAAAUGGGGCACAGAUGAAGACAAGUUCAUUGAAGUUCUAUGUCUCAGAAGCUUUCCCCAACUCAAACUAACAUUUGAUGCUUACAAGAGUAUAUGUAAUAAAGAUAUUGAAGACAGCAUAACCAGUGAGAUGUCUGGUCAUCUUGAGGAUUUGCUAAUUGCCAUAGUAAAUUGUGCGAGAAACAUGCCGGCAUUUUUUGCUAAACGGCUACACAAAGCCCUCAAGGGUGCUGGAACAGAUGGGUACACUCUGACGAGAAUAAUGGUCACUCGAUCAGAAAUUGACCUUUUGGAUAUCCGUACAGAGUACAAGAAGCUUGCUGGAUACUCCUUGCACUCUGCUAUUAAGUCUGACACUUCAGGAGAUUAUGAGGCAACACUUGUAAAGCUUUGUGGAGGAGAUGACUGAACAAGAAACCAAGAAGAAAACACAAACCUGCAUUUUAAACAGAUAUAUAGUGCUAAACUGAUACACACUAAUGUGGCUCACUACAGCUGCUAAAUAAACCCGCUCUUUAAUGUGUUUCA